UGAUGAAUAGGACCGGGAGUCCUGAGACAGUGUGGUUUGAGCUGUCAUUAAUUGGCCAUGUGACCUCGGCCAGUUUCUUCCUCUGAAGCCGGAGGCUACAAUGAGGGGUGGCUGGAGCCUUUUUAUAUUUAUGUUUCUGCAUUCUCAUGCUGUUAGGCUGGAUCUCACCAUUUCCAGUUGUCUACACCUGACGUGUCACAUGAGUUUGCCUGCCUGGCCCCUGCAGAUGUUUGAUUCUGCUAGGUCUUGACUCUGCUAACAGGACUCCCCGUGUGGUUUUGAGCUUGGACCUCAGCAGCACAAGGAGAUGUAGCUCAGCGGCUGGUACCGGGAAGCGUAUGGACAGGUCUGCGUCACGGCAUUUAGUGCUCUGGAGCUGUCUGAGUUGCAUGGGAAGUGACUGUUCCUUAAUGCUUGGCAGUAUUUGCCUGGGAAGCCACCUGGGCCCCCGUGCAUUUUUAAAUGAAAGGUGCUAAGAGAUGGCGCUUGUGGGGCUCAGCUCUGCCUGAGAAUCGGGCGCUCCAGGCACUGAAGAGCCAGCCCUGAUCCUGGGCUGCCCGCUUGAACACGCCUUCACCUCCAGCCACUCCCGUCCACUGGCCAGACCACUUGUGUUCUCUUAAUGAUGGGUAUCGGCAAGAACACGACAUCCAAAUCCAUGGAGGCGGGGAGUUCCACCGAAGGCAAAUAUGAAGACGAAGCGAAGCACCCCGCCUUCUUCACCCUCCCGGUGGUGAUAAAUGGAGGUGCCACAUCGAGUGGUGAACAGGACAAUGAAGACACAGAGCUCAUGGCAAUCUAUACAACGGAAAACGGCAUCGCAGAAAAGAGCUCUCUCGCCGAGACCUUGGAUAGCACUGGCAGUCUAGACCCCCAGAGAUCGGACAUGAUUUACACCAUAGAAGAUGUUCCUCCCUGGUACCUCUGCAUAUUUCUGGGGUUGCAGCACUACCUGACCUGCUUCAGUGGCACGAUCGCGGUGCCCUUCCUGCUGGCCGACGCCAUGUGCGUGGGCUACGACCAGUGGGCCACCAGCCAGCUCAUCGGGACCAUUUUCUUCUGCGUGGGAAUCACAACAUUGCUGCAGACAACGUUUGGAUGCAGGUUACCCCUGUUUCAGGCCAGUGCUUUUGCAUUUCUGGCCCCUGCUCGAGCCAUCCUGUCUUUAGAUAAAUGGAAAUGUAACACCACAGAUGUUUCAGUUGCCAAUGGGACAGCAGAACUGUUACACACAGAACACAUCUGGUAUCCCCGGAUACGCGAGAUCCAGGGAGCCAUCAUCAUGUCAUCAUUGAUAGAAGUGGUCAUCGGCCUCCUGGGCCUGCCUGGGGCUCUGCUGAAAUACAUCGGUCCCCUGACCAUUACGCCCACGGUGGCCCUCAUUGGCCUCUCUGGUUUCCAGGCAGCGGGAGAGAGAGCGGGGAAGCACUGGGGCAUCGCCAUGCUGACAAUUUUCCUAGUAUUACUGUUUUCUCAAUAUGCCAGAAAUGUUAAAUUUCCUCUCCCAAUUUACAAAUCCAAGAAAGGAUGGACUGCAUACAAGUUACAGCUUUUCAAAAUGUUCCCUAUCAUCCUGGCCAUCCUUGUGUCCUGGCUGCUCUGCUUCAUCUUCACGGUGACUGAUGUCUUCCCUCCUGACAGCACGAAGUACGGCUUCUAUGCUCGGACGGAUGCCAGGCAGGGCGUGCUCCUGGUAGCCCCGUGGUUUAAGGUCCCAUACCCAUUCCAGUGGGGACUGCCCACCGUCUCAGCGGCUGGUGUCAUCGGCAUGCUCAGCGCGGUGGUUGCCAGCAUUAUCGAGUCCAUCGGGGACUACUACGCCUGUGCGAGGCUGUCCUGUGCCCCACCGCCGCCCAUCCAUGCCAUAAACAGGGGGAUUUUCGUGGAGGGUCUCUCCUGUGUUCUCGAUGGCAUAUUUGGUACUGGGAAUGGCUCUACUUCAUCCAGUCCCAACAUUGGAGUUUUGGGAAUUACUAAGGUUGGCAGUCGCCGGGUGAUCCAGUACGGUGCAGCCCUCAUGCUUGCCUUGGGCACGAUCGGAAAGUUCAGCGCCCUCUUCGCGUCCCUUCCGGAUCCUGUGCUUGGGGCCCUCUUCUGUACUCUCUUUGGAAUGAUCACAGCUGUUGGACUCUCGAACCUACAGUUCAUCGAUUUAAAUUCUUCCCGGAACCUCUUUGUGCUUGGAUUUUCAAUCUUCUUUGGGCUCGUCCUUCCAAGUUACCUCAGACAGAACCCUCUCGUCACAGGGAUAUCAGGAAUCGAUCAAGUAUUGAACGUUCUUCUCACAACUGCUAUGUUUGUAGGAGGCUGUGUGGCUUUCAUUUUGGAUAACACCAUCCCAGGUACUCCAGAGGAAAGAGGAAUCAGGAAGUGGAAGAAGGGCGUGGGUAAAGGGAGCAAGUCACUUGAUGGCAUGGAAUCGUACGAUUUGCCAUUUGGCAUGAACGUUAUUAAAAAAUACAGAUGCUUCAGCUACUUACCCAUCAGCCCGACCUUUGUGGGCUACAACUGGAAAGGCCUCGGGAAGAGCGCUAACAGCCGAAGUUCAGAUGAGGACUCACAGGCCACGGUAUAGCCAUAGCUCGCCCUGUGGCCCGGCCGCAGUGAGGCAUGAAUCUGUAGUUCCUUGCUGAAUAACAAGCGGUAACAUAUAUGUUUGUAUAUCUGCAUUUACAUUCUGCACCCCAGAGCUAAGACAGAUUACAAAUAGCUUUUUUGUUGUGGGUGGUGACUGUGUCUGAUAUGGUGUCUCACCUGUCUCCUUAUUUAAGCCCUGACCCCUUGCCCUUGAGAGCAUCCAUUGCUGGCCAUAGUCACUGAACUUGAAGUUCCCGUUCUCCUGUGGGAGUGGAUGUUUGAAACCCGCAGCGAUUUCUGGUUUUCAGUCCCCUUCCAGCACCCCGUGCUAGCUUUCCUACAAGCUGCCUCCAGGGUCCAGGGGCCUUCUGUCCCAGAAGCACCUGAACUGGCUUUUUUUUUUUGCUUGACCUUGGCCUGAACUGCAGAGACCGCCUCUGGUCAAGGGGCACCAGUAUCCUCGCAGUCACAACUGACGGGUCAAGUGUCAUUCUGUGUUCCCUGAUACUCCUGUAGGAGGAUGCUGUUGACCUGAUUGAAAACAGUGACAUGGUUACCCUGUGUCCAGAUCUGUGCAUGAGUAAAGUCUGUACAGAUAUUAUCAGGAUGGAAAUCUGGGGGCUUAGAGGGGAGGGGAAAGUACCUUGAAAUCAGUAUCUGAUUUUCAACUGCUCUUUCUUGGUGCCACCCAGAUCCAGGCCGGGUCGGCACAUUUCGUACCGGCCUUACUGUCACUGGUAGCUGAGACACUCUAUCUGGCAUUUGUCACUCCUGGCUGGUAUGAUGGGUAUAGAGUGCCACACAAGGGCACCAAGCAGAUGUUUAUGGGAGUCUUAGCUCUGCUGUCACGUGGAUGUCAGUUAUUGUCAUGCGUGUCUAUAAUUACAAGAUUUUAUUCCUAUUUAAUGUUAUUGACUAUAGCAGAUUUUUGAAAUCAGUGUUUUUCCAUGUGCUCCUCUUACCUUGCAUCCCUAUUACUUCUCGCCCACCCCCCCCACCCCCUAUUAAGAAAAGAACCAGCAUUUGUAAAGCUGUGGACACCAUCAGGGAAGCUUAUUGUCAUGGCUUUUGAAGGCCAGUAACCAUUGUUGUGGUUGUGUUUUGUAUUGCUUGAUACCACGAAAGUGUAAAUACUGUAAUGCCUAAUCUAUUUAUCAAAACUGACUACUGGACCAGAGCCCAGAAACCAUGGGUUAAGUUAUACGUGAAUUUGUUUUGUGAAGAAGGGAAGCUGGGGCAGGUAACAAACAGAGCCGUCAUAUUGAAUGGUCUGGUAUCCUGAUAAAUUCAUCACAUGCAGUUCUAGUGCAAGUCAUUUCUGGCAGUUAAGGCUUAAGGAGAUUUUCUGUGGGUUGCCAUAUUGCAUGUCCGCUGAAUCCUGAUUUUGCAGAGGGGGAGAUUAGAUCCCCUGGCCAAAUGCUGCCUUUCUUGUUUAAGUUAUUGCAGAAGGUGGUGAGAAAAGCAGCUCGCAGGCCUUCUCUGUUGAGUUCUAAUUAAUAACACUAAAUUGUUUCUAAAAAAAAAAAAAUGACUUCAGUUGAAUUUGGUUUGAAAUUUUUCAGCCAAAGGAAAAGCCUCACUUCAUGAGGUUGUGCUUCUAAGUAUUCGUUGACCUGGUUGAGUCUUAGGUGGCAGUGGGCAUUCCUGUCUCCAACAGCAGAGCAUGGUUCUCGGCAGCCUUGUGUCCACACGGUACAUUUCCUGCCCCCAAAGCUGGCUCUGCUUCACUGCAUUGGGAUGUCUUUGGCAGCAUUAUUGUGUCACUAUAGCCUCCUCAACUCUUGGAAAGGUUGGGACCUCAAGGCUUAUUCCAGCAAGAAUACUUCAGAGUCACUGCAUUGUUUUGCCAAGAUCUUAUUGUAGAUUAAGUAAAAAAUUUAGAUUCUAAAUUACAUUUAAUUUUGUAUGUCAUGUUUUUUUUAAAUUGUAUGUGAUGCAUAAUUACUUUAGAAGCACACUGGUUAACGGUUUUCAUCUCUUCAACUUGAUAAGCCCUCGAGACUGACAGCCCUCUUAUGCUGAUUGCUCUCAGUUACUUCUAUGUGUAUUUUGCUCAGCAUCUCCAAUUUCUCUACUUUGAAAAAUGGGGAAAACUGUUAAACAUCCCAGGGAUUUGCACUAUUCCAGCUCUAGGUGAGCAGAAGGACCAAAUAUCCAAGAAAAGCAUCUGAACCAUUGGUAAUUCAGGAACAAGUUCCCUUCAAUUUAACUUGAGGGCAUUUUCCCUCCCAGUGAGUAAGCACUCAGUAUGUGCUUCGAAUGUCCAGAAACCCACUCCCUUCUGAAACCCCUCCUUGGGCCAGGUUUUAUUGGAAGGUUUCAAAUCUGCAGGUCCCCGCGGUAUGUCUUCUGCAAGUAUUCAAAUGUGGUGGGAAGCCCUGUACCAACACCUCCUAUUGGAAAGAGGGUUGUCACCCUUCUUGUUCUAUUGGGGCCAACUUUAGAUUCUCUGUCCGAGGGUGGGGAAGGGGGCAGCAGGUGGGGAGGAAAGAGGGCAGCCUGACUAGAGGCCCCAUUGAAUCUGGUACUUUCUACACAAUCUGUGAAACUCACUUUCGCUCGAGGGAUUGGAGUCUCAUAAUAACUAAUAAAUCUUGCACGUGCAGCACACACCAACCAUUUUAGGAGGUGAUCCUCCUGCCAGCAAAUAUGCUACAAAAUGAGUCUAAUUGAAAGAAAAAUGUGUUCAUCUGCUCCUUGGGGUUAAGCACACACCUGAAGGGGGAGGUUUUGGGGGACACAGUGGCCAUGCAUGGUCUGUGCCUGUAACACUUCCCGCUUACAUUGUUGGCCUGCACUGGUGGGGCUGCAUACCCACCGUGCUUUGUUUGGCUAAGAGAAUGUGUUAAGAUAUUAUGGAUGUAAAUAUCCUUGGGCAGGGCAUUCAGCCUCCAGUUUCCACAGCAACCACGUACCCACAAUCCUCACAUUUACCUUGGUGAUCCCGAUGUGGAAAGUAGAAAGUAUGAGGAUGGUAGAUGUUGCCCAUAUCACAGUGGGGGGCAAGGGAGACCCCACCACUGGUUUUGAUAAAAUAUGUAACAUGGUUCACAGAAUUAUGGGAAAUGGUUCCAGUCUUUGUAAGCAACUUUUAUUCUCCUUCUCAUUAGGGAAUUCAACUUAAAUUCAUUGCUACUGAAUCUUUCUUAAGAGAAUUUCAAAUGUUAACUUUUAGUAAGUUUCUUGUGAUUGAUCAGGGCAGGAAAAGUGGCUUAACCAGGCCAGCUAGAAUGAAGCAUCAUGGGUCCUAAUGGUUUCCCGUUUUCAUGGUAACAAAUUCACACACAGGAUUUGCUUUAUACUGUAGAAUACUGACUUUCAUGAUGACACUUUGGUUUAUGCAUGAAUAUUGCAGUAUUUCCAUAUAAUAAGAUAACAUUUCUACCCAGGAUAAUAGUCACAGUUUUCCAGGGAGGGAAUGGUAUAAUUUUCAUGACAAUGUCAUGUGAUGAUAGAAUUUCUCCAUUGAUGAAUCUCUAGUAUGUGUGUAUACUUUAUUUACCCCUGCGUAUAUCUUAUGACCGUGAGCUAAGUUGUUAUUUCUUUAAUUCGUGUCCCUGCUGAAAUAUUGUUACUAGCAACUUAGACUUGAAGUUGGCAACUACAAUCUUCCAUAAUACUGAUGCCACAAGAGUGGCCAGGCCAGAUAAAAGGUGAAUAAGGAAGGAGCUGUGGCGGAGGCCUCAUUCCAGAACCUGUCUGGUGUGAGGAGAGGCAGCUUCCUGCAGGCGGCUGUGUUGCAUACACUCGGCUGCAGACACCAGGCCCAAUGUGGCUGUCGCUGGACGCCUGGUGUGCACACCCAGCCACGCCCACUGGAUACCAUGGUAGUGUGCUGCACAUGUGCCUCGGCUUGCACAGGGCCCAGCGAGCUGCCCCUUGGCUUUAGAGAAGAGCCUGGGGUCUCUCAUUUUGUGCAUGUUGUGCUCUGUCCCUUUAUAGUUUGGACACAGAACAGGACAUCUCCCACCCUCCACCCCUCCUGCAGUCACAACCGGAGUGGUACGAGAAGGCCGCCCAUCUUUGCCAGCGUUCAGCUUCUGCCCGUGGACUCGUAAAGCACGUUAGCACUGGGGAUCCCCUUUCAGCAGCCUCACACAUUCCUGUCCUUGUAGGUUGUUCUAGACUGUGCCUCGUCAUCGCUCUCCGUGAGUAACCUCCAGCGUCCUUACAAUUGCUGUGUGUCCCCUGGCACUUAGGACGCCCUGACCAGCGUUGCCACCUUACUGACAGUUCAAGUGAUACCCUUUUUUGUUCAUUCAUAACAACCUUUGUUUGACAUGUUAAUACAUUUCUAACUGUUCUUAAAACAGUGGGGAUGCUUAUGUUUUCCUUGAGUUUUGGUGACUGACUUGGGCUAUCUACCUUUCUGGGAUUUUGUUUGUUUUUAUUUCGCAUACCGAGGGUAUUUGGGGUGGGGUAAUUCUUUUACGGAGUUUUUAAAAAAUUUUCAUAUUGUUUUUCUAACAUGGCUUCAUUAAACGUUUAAGUAUUUUAAAAAUAUGUAAUAUUUGGACCAGAUGUUGUGAAUAAUAGUAGAGAUAAAGCUAUUUUAUUCUGUAUUUUUAAAACUGUUCCGUAUAAAUAAAAGCUCUCCUGGACGCA